AUGGCUCACUGCACUUUGGUGAUGCCCAAACCAUGUCUGGCUAUUUAUCCCCCAAAGAAGACACUAGUCACCACGCCAGACCCACGCAAAUUGUGGCAAACGAUCAUUGGACUGGAAUCAUGCUAUAUUAUAAAUCCCUUGGCAUCCGUACACCCCCGAGUGACAGGACUACGUGGCGCAGACUUCACAGAGGUAAAGAAUUUAGAGGAAGCGCGGAAUUCUAUGAAGUCAAAGGGAAUUGAAGGAUACGACGAGAUCGUGAGGUGGGCAGUCAAAAGAACUGAUGCGAGGCCUCGGGGAAGAUUCUAUGCUGUCGCGCUUGGCGACAGAACUGGAAUUUUUAAAGACUGGAAGUACGAACUUCUUCUCAACUCCUUUUAUCGUGGACUGACAUCAAACAGAGAAGUCGAAGAUGCAACAAAAGGAGUCAAGUAUGCGUGUCAACAGUGUUUUGAUACCGAGUACGAAGCGAGAGAAUUUAUUGACGAUUGGAAUGAGGCAUUUGCCGAUAUUUGGCACCAUGAAAUAAAAAGUGGAUUGAAAGAUGGAUGGAGGGCAAGAAGUCUCAGUCUGAAUUUGGCUUCGGUCUUGGUGAAGGAAAACCAUGAGCCCAGUACAGAGACCGAUAUGGUCUCUAAAUUUGAACGACUCGAAGUUACAAAUUAG